CAGCAACCGGAGUGAACCACCCACCUUUGUCAACAACACAUCCGAAAGUAACGUAAAAGCGCACGACAAGGAUGUCACCGCAGUACAAGAUUUCAAUUUUCAUGCCACAUUUCAAUUCCGACGAUUGCUCUCGUCAAUAGCGCUGUCACACAUGUUGCCUUCGGGGGGCCUUAACAAUCGAAACUCUGAUUCCCAUAACUUCAGUACCUCAUCCUCGCUGAUGGAUCCCAUACCUAAAUUUCAGGCAUCGCCUGGGCCUGUUCUUCACCCCGUCUCUCCAGAGCGCAUCAAUCAGCAGAAGAUGAACGGUCAUCCAGUACACCCUGCUGAGCUUUCUCCGCUCCAGCACAAGCAUACACGCACGAACUCUGAUGUCCAAGCGAAAGUGGCAUUUCUAAAUCAACUUUCAAGGGCUAGCAGUCCAGCUCCGUCGCAUCCUUCCUCGACCACCACAGCCGCCCUUCACAGGGCGAUACUGGGUCGUGAAGAAGCGGAGGCUUCGCUUCAGGCAACACUUGCUGAACUUUCAGAGGCGAAUUCACGAGAACGACGAGUCAGUGAACGGCUAGAGUCUUUAAUGGAGGAAUUGCACGCUCUUAAGGAGCGGCAAACACAUGAACGAGCAGUAUUCGAAAAGGAAGUCCGAAGGGCACGAAAAGAAGCUUUCCGGGCUGGAUCAGCACUUGUUAAAGCGCAAGAAGAACUCAAAUCGUCAAGGGUGGAGAUAAAAACAUUAAGAGAGGAAGUUGCCGGCGAGAGAGAAGCAAAAGAGAAGGCGAAACAGGAAGCAUUCGAGCGCGCAUAUGCAUUAGCUGGAUUGACGGAAGAAGUGGAGGUCUUGAAAGAAAAAAUACGCUCUUUUGAAACCGAUAACCAGUCAGAUAUUCUCGAGGCAAGGGCCGAAGAACUGAGAGCAGAAACACCCAAUUCCAGGCCUCCACUGGCGGAGAGGGACGUUGCUGCCUGCGCCCCAACAUCAUUGCGAUUAAAAUCAGACCGAAUAUCUUCGAGUCCCCGCAAAAGCGGCAUUAACUACCAAGCUGCAAGUCCACGACUAGGUUCUCCACUCAAAAUGAGGGUUUCGCGCCGCAAUUCAUGCAAGGAAAAUGAGGACCCAAAAGAGUCCAGCGCGCAUGACGAGCUUCUCGAGGAUUUGGAGCAGGACCUCGCAUUCGAGAAACGCCGGCGAUUAAAAGCAGAGGAAAUGGUACACUUCCUCAAGAUGGAAUGCCAAUUCCAUCGUUGCUCCUGCCGACUCGCAGAAAUGCAAGGGCUUCGGUAUAUUCACGAUGCGGAGUGGGAUGAAAUGAAUCCCCAGAAGGAAGAAACAGUCACCAACUCCACGUCUAGCGACCAAGCUGCGCCCCAGGUGACUAGAAUUUCAGAUAGUGCUCCGAUCGUCACAGCACAUCGGGAAACGCAGACCACGGAACCUGCAGUGGCGUUCUGUCCAGAUACAGGGACGUUUAAGGCAGUUUCGUCCAGCGCAUCUCCCAGUAACGUGGAUACAGAAUCAUCCGUCCGCCUACAAAAAACUGUCCAGGAACUUUCACCGCUACCGGCUGGGCCUCAAUAUAAUCACACCUCAGCCUUCCCACUAGUGCCACAAACCACGGAGGUCGAAAUGGAAGAUCCUAAGCCCACAGACAUCCUAACAGAACCUCCCGUCCUAGCACAAUAUCCUUUUCAACUCGUCACACAACCUGCGACUGCUUUCGAACCGGCAAGUUCCUCCCGCUUCUUUCCUCGAAAUUUACACGUCGAAACAACCAAUUCCCAAGAACAAAUGGCUCCUGCUGAUGCCACAACCCCAACAAUGCCAGGCUCCAUGACAACAACCACCACAACUAUUCCUCUCCACUCUGACGAUUACUCUUCUAGAGCGAACUGUCCCAUUCCUGGCACCCCUGUAACGCGAGAAGAAGCACUCGCCCAGAUUCGCGCGCGAAGAGGGCGUGCACAGACUCUGAAAAGAUCUGCUAGCGCCAACGAUGCUGCUUCCCGUCCUUCAUCGCGCUCUCGUUCCCGCCUUGCAAAUUCCAGCACUACGCCUACCCAUGGCGCAAGACGGAUUCCGGGAAGUAGUCGUCCCGCCAGUCGAGUUGCCAAGAGAGAUUUCAGUGCACCUAUUGGAAGAUAUUGAGCAUUAUCUAGUUCUUAAAGCGGUGUUUUACCUGGUGCUAUAUCUGUUCUAUUUUCUUCCUAUCCCCCCUCUUUAUAUUCAUCUUUACAUCUUCGUUGGGCGUCGUGUACUGUUUUACGGGGUUUCAAAGUUUAGAUACCCUUUUAAGCGGGUGUUGUAUGCUUUUGCUUUUCUGUUCACAUUUAUUUCUGGAGCUUUUCAUUCCUAUCCUUUCAUUUGGAUCUGAUUGACGCGGCGUGAGGCUUGCCCAUCAUGUUAUUGACCUCGUCCUCCUCAUCUUCCUAUUAUAAUUUCUGGCAAAAAGCUCCAUUAGCGUCUAUUAUCUCCAAUUCCAUCUCAUCUUUGGUUAUGUGCCUUUUCCCCUACCUUUUUUGAUCCCCUUGCUUGCUCGCUGCGUGGAUCUCACACCCCCUUGGUUUUUUGGUAGCCAGGCGUCUCUAUCGUGUAGCUCAGCGUUCCAAAGAUUAUUUUUUAUGGCAUUUUAUUCGGGGUCAGGCGUUCUUCGGAGGAUGUUCUUCCGUUCUCUGCUCUAUUUAUUUAACGUUUUUAUCCCCUUCGAGGCAAAUAAAUAAUGGACUCGUUUUAAAUAAUGUAUUAUACAUCUACUUAACAUCAUGAUCGCCUGUUACUGUGGGCAUAUAACAACUGUUUUCGGUUUGGUUUAGACCAGCAGGCAUAUUUUGGAACUACUUUCGGCCGUGUUGGAUAUGUGAUAUCAUUUAAACUUCUUGAAAUGAGGUUUUGGAUGCAUAGUUUGUCCUGGCUAAAAACAUGAACUCGAAACACUAGGAUCACAAUGCUGAUAGCUAGGGUAACUGUAGGUGGAUUAUAUAUAGAGCACUUAUCUCAAUUCCACCGAACUCGAUGAAAGAGGGUAUCCC